UCUUGUGUUUGUUUUGAUUUUUUUUUAGAAGCUAAGAUGGAUUUGUUUAUCCGAAAGGAAUUGGCAAUAAAUAGCUCCACAGGCAUGGAGGAUGUGGCUCCACACUGCAUGAAACUUCUGACCUGGCUGCGAUCCUGUCAGGAGGAGAUGCGGUCACAGAACAGACGCCUCAGGCUCACCCAAUCACUGAUCGAGACUAUGCUGAAGGCUUUGGUGUACCUGUUCGAGUGUUUCGAGCGCUUUGGAGAGCCCCUGGCGGAUCGGAUUGAUUCCCAUUUGUUUUUUGAAAAAUGCUCCACUUCGGCUGGACGGAGGCAAUACAUUCGAGAUCUCUGCUCGGGAAUUGUGAACACUCGAAAGGGGGAGUUACAGGCUCCGCUACUUCAUUUUAUACAGAAACCCCUGUCCGAGAUUCAGCCCGAUUGGGCAGCCAUCCGAGAGUUGGAUUGGUCCGAGAUUAGGCAAUCGGACGCUGUGUCGUUAGCAGACAUUGUUCAUCCCGAUCUGCAGCAGAUGCGCCUCCUGGUGAAGCGGAUUUGCCGACUGUCUAGUCUGGAGAGCAUCCAAACAGCUUUGGAGAGGUCCAUGGACCUUGUUGGAUUUCCGGUAUGGUUACAUCUUUACCAAGAGCCCCGGGACAGUAGCAUACAUCCAGAUUGUCUGCUGCUAAGCCACAUGAUCUCUGACACCCUGGCGGAAGGUAAAUCCCCCGUCUGCUCUAGUUUCCUGCAUCACGUCUACGAUUUUGUGGCAAAACCCGCCAACGAGUUACGAUUCUAUGCCUGCCUGGACCAUAUCCGAUUGGCCGGGUGCUUAAUUACAUUCCUCACUAGCUAUUGGAAGCGAUACUUGCCCCAUUUCGACCUGGAGGAUAUGGAAAUGACUCCCAAUGGCCCUGCCAUCGACACAAAAUUUCCCAUUGACGAAGCCACGUUUUUGACGCAUCUGAUGCUGGGACCCCAAUCUCCAUGCCGCCAGAAAUACCACCAGCAGCUAGUCACUGCUUUGCCGCCAGCCACCACCCACCAAAUGACGCAGUUGCUCAGUAAAGCCGCAUUCGUUUAUAGUUAA